AUGGCUAGAGCCGUGCUUCUCGCGCUGUCCCUGGCGCUGCUGCUAGCAGUCGCCCGCGCCGGUAGCCCCCUGACGAGCGCCACCGCGAACGAGAAGCCCGACCAAAGCAGCAAGAAAGACGACGGUCUGAUGACCGAAAUUCCUGCGGAUAUAGCAAAGCAGGCCGCGGCAGGCAACGCGGCGGGAGUCACCUACGUGGAUACCGCGCAGGACUCGUUCUUCAUGGCUGAUGUGAAGAAGGCGGGAUGGAACGCGCAGAAAUGCCCGCCCGGUUUGAACAAGGAGCUAGCGGGGGCGUGCACGCCCAAGAAUUGCUCCAAGGGCGGCAUCGCCGCUAAGUGGAAAACCGCUUAUCUGCAAAAGAACAAGCUGGGUUACGAGCUGUACGUGCCGGGUAACCCGCUGACGUUGCUCAAGGCGAACCCCGCGUCGUGCUGUAACACAUUGAUUUUACCUGUGAACCUGCAGGUGCGCAUCGGCGGAGAGUGUAACCCUAGCGUGAAGAUUCUCAACGACCCGCAUUUGGUCGGCGCGCACGGCACUCAUUUCGACUUCAACGGCCGCCCCGACAAGGCGUUCUGCCUGCUCACGGACCGCGAUCUUCACGUGAACAUGCUGCUGAGGGGGUAUUACGACGAGCGCAUCGAUAACGCCGCGCUUGUCGUUGACGGAAAGGCCGUGCACACGUGGAUUAAGGAGCUUGGCAUCGUCUGGACUGCUCAGGGCGCGGACCACAAGGUUCGGCUCGCGGCGCGCGGCGGCAAGCAGCAGGAGCGCGGCGACGGGUUUAUGAAGAGCAUCGAGAUUGACGGUGAGGAGAUCCCGAGGAUGAAGGUUGGCGACACGGUGACGAGCGACGGCGGGCUGACGGUUCACUUCCGCGGGCUCGAGAAGGAAGGACCGUUCGAUGUGGAUUAUUACAUGCUGACUAUCGACGGUCUGAUUUCGCUGGAUCUGCGCCUGCGCGUCGCGCACCCGAAGCUGCAGACCCCGACCGACGCCGAGGCGCAUAUCAACGUCGGGAUUGCCGAGCUGGAGCACACAGAGGAGAUCCAUGGCGUGUUGGGGCAGACUUACCGCGCGGAUCAUACGCAGCGCGCCGCGGAUUUCCAGCGGUUGAUCGCGAGCCUGCACCGUCCGAUUUCGGCUGACGGGGUGGAGGGGAAGGGGUUCUUGGAUGGUACACCCAGGUCGUAUGAGGCGAGUGAUGUGCUUGCUGUGGACUGCGCUUAUACUGCGUAUGGCCGCGCCAGGAAGGUUAUGCCCGUACAACAGUUCCCGUAA